GAUCCCCUACAAACACCAUCAAGUCUCCCCCCCACCGUCACCGUCACCAUGGACGACACCGUCGCAGAGCUUAACGAGCUCUUCGCCGCCGCCGCCCCCGAUGGCAUCCCUAAGGAUAUCCUCGCGGAGCUGCAGUCAACCCUGCGCAUCCACUCCAUCUCCGCGCAGGAGCUGUUCUACAAAUGGGAGUCCUACUGCCUGAAGAUGGGCCCGGACGAGCUGAAGCUGGACCUGAGCACUGUGCGACUGUUCAAGAAAGAUGUCCAGGAUACACUUGAACGAGAAUCCCGCGGCAGAGCUGGCAGACAGACGGAAAAACGGGUUGCACCCACGGCUACCCCGCGCGCUUCUGUGAAAUCCGAUGUCUUUGGCAUGCUGGACGGACUGACGCCGAAUACCUCACGGAGCAACGCCGGAUCAGCGAAGCGCAAAGCCGACUUUGCUUCGUCGCCUUCCAUGUCCAAGAUCGGAAGAACAGACCACACCGGGUCACCCAUGGGCACAAAGACACCCGUGAGACUGACAAACGGUGAUGGAGUACAAUCCAUCCCAUUCUCAGAACGCGCCAACGCCGGCGAGACCAUCGAGACCAUCAACUCCCACCUUUCACAAGUCGAGACCCCGAUGGCGCCGUACCCCGAGGCGCGCAUACGACCCACAGCGAACACAGACCUGAAGAAAUUCGGAUACAAGCCGAUGGCCAUGCGCCUGUCGGAAGCGUCGGAGAUCCUCGACGACCGCAUCGACGAGUUCACGGCGUUGUUCCAGAAGCAGUACGAGACGGACGAGAUCACAUUCGGCAGCGCGGCGACGCAGAGCACCAGCGAGAUCGUGGCGGUGGGACGCAUCGCAUCAGACAGCAUGGAGGGCAAGCUCAACACGGCGUCGCUUGUACUUGAGACAUCAAGACGGACCGGAGCCGGUCUCCGGGUUCCGUUGAACCUGGAAUCAGUACCUUCAGCCAACUUUUUCCCUGGACAGAUCGUCGCCCUGCGCGGCAUCAACGCAUCGGGCAACUACUUCUCAGUGAAGGAGAUCCUCACCCCACCGCUCCUCCCGCCAGCGGCCUCAUCAAUCGUCAACCUCGAAACCAUCAACCAGCGACUGGACGAAGCGGGCUCCGCGCCCCUGAACAUCAUCAUCGCCUCCGGGCCCUACACAGCAGACGACAACCUCGAGUUCGAGCCGCUGCAAGAAAUCUGCCGCAAGGCGGCGGAAAGCUACGCUGACAGCGUCAUCCUGCUGGGCCCAUUCCUGGACAUCGAGCACCCCCUGCUGGCCUCGGGGGACUUCGACCUGCCGGAGAUCAACGGACUGGACCCGGACACGGCGACACUGACGGCGGUGUUCCGGCACUGCAUCACGGCGCCGCUGCAGCGGCUGGUAGCGGCGGUGCCAAGCAUCACGAUCGUGCUGGUGCCGUCAGUGCGCGACGCGGUCAGCAAGCACGUGUCGUGGCCGCAGGAACAGCUGCCCAAGAAGGAGCUGGGACUGCCGAAGCAGGUGCGCAUGGUGUCGAACCCCGUGACGCUGUCGCUGAACGAGACCGUCAUCGGCAUGUGCUCGCACGACGUGCUGUACGAGCUGCGCCGCGAGGAGGUGCUGCACGGCAAGCCGCAUGAGGGGAGUCUGCUGACGCGCCUGCCCAAGUACCUGAUCGAGCAGCGGCACUUCCAGCCGAUGUUCCCGUCAUCAGCGCGCGAGAUGUUGCCGCACACGGGCACGGAGAGCGGGCUGGCCACGGGGGCCAUGGUGGACGUGAGCUACGCGAAGCUGGGCGAGUGGUGGAAUGUGCGGCCGGACGUGCUGAUCGUGCCGAGUAUGCUGCCGCCGUUUGUCAAGGUCGUCGACAGCGUCACGGUGAUCAACCCGGGGACGCUCUCCAAGCGCCGCGGGGCGGGGACGUAUGCGCAGAUGGCGGUCCACGCGCGGACGAUAGCAGACGACGAGCGCGAGCAGAAGCAAGUCGGACACAAGCUGUACGAGCGGGCGCGGGUGGAUAUCACCCGGAUAUAAGAAGAUACAUAAUGAGACGUAAUGACUAUAUUGACAAGGGUAUACCAUACAUACAUAAC